AUGUUGAGAUCUUUUACUCGCUCUGUACUUUCAAAGCAUCGGUACUCUGAAGUACUAGCUGUUAGAAGGUAUGCCACUGCUAAAGUCGCAUUAGACGUUCCGCUAGAGACACAUACAGACCUGCAAAAAGCGCACCAGGAUCUUGCAGAUGCCAGAGCAAACUCAUCAGAAGCCGUAGAAACGGGCACCACAGCGUUGAAGCACGCUUACCAAGAGAAUACAGGGUUUGGUACCCGCCCCAUUUAUCUGGACAUGCAGGCCACAACUCCAACCGAUCCCCGUGUGCUGGACACGAUGCUCAAGUUUUACACUGGCCUGUACGGUAAUCCUCACUCCAACACGCACAGCUAUGGAUGGGAAACCAACAAGGAGGUGGAAACCGCUCGUCAACACAUAGCAAACCUUAUCAAUGCGGAUGUCAAAGAAAUUAUUUUCACUUCGGGAGCCACAGAAUCUAACAAUGCUGCUUUAAAGGGUGUGGCCAGAUUCUACAAGAAAACGAAAAACCACAUCAUCACUACCAGGACUGAACACAAAUGUGUUCUUGAGGCAGCUAGAGCCAUGAAAAAUGAAGGGUUUGACGUUACUUUUUUAAAUGUCAAUGAACAGGGGCUCGUAGACCUAAAGGAAUUGGAAGCAACAAUCAGACCCGAGACCUGCAUCGUGUCCAUCAUGGCUGUUAACAAUGAAAUCGGUGUCAUGCAACCUAUGAAGGAAAUUGGAGCCAUUUGCAAGAAAAAGAAGGUUUUUUUUCACACUGAUGGCGCCCAAGCUUACGGUAAGAUCCCAAUAGAUGUAAAUGAAAUGAAUAUCGACUUAAUGUCGAUCUCGUCGCACAAAAUCUACGGGCCUAAGGGUAUGGGUGCUCUUUAUAUAAGGAGAAGACCCCGUGUGAGAUUAGAACCAAUUAUUUCCGGUGGUGGCCAAGAGAGAGGUUUGAGAUCUGGUACUUUGGCCCCUUCAUUGGUCGCCGGGUUUGGCGAAGCCGCUAAACUUAUGAAACAAGAGUUCGAUGCAGAUUCGGCACACAUCAAGCGACUAUCUGAAAAGCUAACAAACGGACUUUUGGCAAUCGAACAUACUUCUCUAAAUGGGUCUCCUGAUCACCGCUACCCUGGGUGCGUCAACAUUUCCUUUGCUUAUGUCGAAGGCGAGUCUUUACUAAUGGCUCUCAGAGAUAUAGCAUUGAGUUCUGGGUCCGCUUGUACUUCCGCGUCUUUAGAACCUUCUUACGUUUUGCAUGCUUUAGGCAAAGACGAUGCUUUGGCCCACUCUUCGAUCAGAUUUGGUGUUGGUAGAUUUACCACGGAAGAGGAAAUUGAUUAUGUCAUCAAAGCCAUCACAGAGAGAGUCGAGUUCCUAAGAGAACUCUCACCACUAUGGGAAAUGGUGAAAGAAGGCAUCGAUUUGAACUCGAUCGAAUGGUCUGGGCACUAA